UUCAAUUCCUCGGUUUUUAAAUCCCCUUGACAUGUUUUGACAGCUUUCCUCUUCAAAACCACGAAAUAUUUCGAGUAAAAGACCUCCAAAUAUCAUCCAAAGCAUUGUUCGCUAAUCAUGGACAUUGCCGGCUUCGUUUGGGCGCCUGAUUCGAGUCAUGGCUUUCGUCUUGGUCGAGUUGUAGACCUUGGAUCUGACACAAUUUCUGUCGAACCUCUCGAUUCGCGAGGCUCAGCAAUUUCAGCUCCGUACGAACGCGUUUUUCAAGCGGAGAAAGAUAAUGAAAAGGAUGUCGAAGAUAAUUGUGCGUUGAUGUUUUUGAAUGAAGCUACACUACUAAAUAAUCUCAGAGUCAGAUACAAAAAGGACUUAAUCUAUACAUAUGUCGCUGAUAUUCUUCUUGCUGUGAACCCAUAUCAUGAUAUGCGAGAUCUUUACUCAUCUGCAAUGAUGAAAAAAUAUCAUGGAAAAUCGCUGGGUGUCCUUCCACCCCAUAUCUUUGCAAUUGCGGACAAGGCUUACAGAGAUAUGAGAGCUUUGAAGGAAAGCCAGUCAAUUAUUGUCAGUGGUGAAUCUGGGGCUGGUAAAACUGAAUCGACAAAAUUUAUCCUGAGAUAUUUGACAGAGUCCUGGGGUGAUGGACAACAUGGUCAUAUUGAGGAAAGAAUUGUUGAAGCCAAUCCCUUACUUGAGUCUUUUGGAAAUGCCAAGACAUUGCGGAACAUAAACAGCAGUCGUUUUGGAAAAUAUGUUGAGGUUCACUUUAACGAAAAGCCCAAGGUUGUCGGUGGGUUUAUUUCGCAUUAUUUGCUUGAGAAAUCCCGGAUCUGCAAACAAAGUCCUGGAGAGAGAAGUUAUCAUGUUUUCUACAGACUUUGUUCAGGCGCACCAGCAGCUCUCAAAACCUCACUGGGAAUUACAAAAGCUGAAGAUUUUCAUUUCCUAAAUCAAGGAUCCAUACAAGACAAGAGUUUGAACGACACUCAAGACUACAAACUGAUGUCAGAAUCUAUGGACAAAGUCGGCUUCUCCUCGCAAGAGAAAGAUAAUAUUUUCAGAAUUGUAGCUGCUGUGAUGCAUCUUGGGAAUAUCGCAUUUGAGGAAGAACUGGACGAUAAGAAAGGAGGAUCAAAGGUUACAAAGAAGUCUGAGGGUGCUGUGAGUACUGUGGCGAAGUUACUCCAGGUUGAUGAUGGAGCAUUGAAGACUGCGCUGACCGCAAGAUUGAUGUCACAGGUUAAACAACUUGGAGCAUUAGGCACCGGCGAUAUCAAAGUUCCAUUGAAGAUCGACCAGGCAACGGCAGCAAGAGAUGCCUUAGCUAAAGCUUUGUAUUCCCACUUGUUUGAUCAUAUCGUGGCCCAGGUCAAUCAAUGCUUCCCGUUUAAAUCCUCAUCGACCUUCAUCGGUGUGUUGGAUAUCGCUGGAUUUGAAUUCUUCGACUUGAACAGUUUUGAGCAGUUCUGUAUCAACUACUGCAACGAAAAGCUACAACAAUUUUUUAACGAACGUGUUUUGAAGCAAGAACAGGAACUUUACAAGAAGGAAGGACUGAAUGUCAGGGAAAUUCACUUCAUUGACAAUCAGGAUUGUAUUGAUUUGAUUGAGUCGAAGAACACUGGUAUACUGGUUCUUUUGAACGAGGAAAGCAAGCUACCAAAAUCCACGUAUCAACAUUUUACAACAGAAGUUUUUCAUAAAAAUAACGGCCAUUUCAGACUAGCUUUGCCACGGAAAUCUCACUUGGUGAUGCACAGAAAUGUUAAAGAUGACGAAGGAUUUCUCAUCAGACAUUUUGCUGGCGCCGUUUGUUACAAUACGGCUGAGUUUAUUGCUAAAAAUAACGAUGCUCUACACAGUGAUCUUGAAGCAAUUCUACACAACAGUAAAGACAGUUUUCUUAAAAGUCUCUUUCCCAACAAACAAGAAGCCGAUAACUUCUUAGCACCAACAAAAAAGAAACUUGCAUUUGAUAGCAUUGGAAGUAAAUUCAAGAAUCAGUUGAACAAGUUAAUGGAGAAACUUCGUAACACGGGAGCGAACUUCAUUCGUUGUAUCAAACCCAAUGGAACAAUGCAGAGCAGUAGCUUCGAAGGAGGAUCUAUACUGGGUCAACUGGAGUGUGCAGGAAUGGUCUCAGUAUUACAACUCAUGCAAGAAGGAUAUCCUUCAAGAACAUCGUUUAAUGAUCUGUACAAAAUGUAUGGAAAGUAUUUGCCAGAAAAGUUAGCGAGACUCAAUCCAAGAACCUUCUGUCAGGCGCUCUUCAGAGCGGUCGGCAUGGAUCCUGAAGAUUUCAAGUUUGGGUUGACGAAAGUAUUUUUUAGACCAGGAAAGUUUGCAGCAUUUGAUCAAAUAAUGCAGUCAGAUCCUGAGAGUCUAAAAGCUCUUGUGUCGAAAGUUUCAAGGUGGAUUGUUGUCAAUCGCUGGAAGAAAGCGAUAUGGUGCGCAAUCUCAGUCCAGAAAUUGGCAAACAAGAUCAAGUUCAGAGCAAAAGCUUGUGUCACGAUUCAGAAGACCGUCAAAAUGUUCCUCGCGUGGAAGAAACACCAGCCAAGAUAUAAAGGAAUGACUAGGAUUAAAAGACUUCAUUCUCGAUUAGAAACAAUGAACAGUAUUGUUUCAGGUUUAAAAACCGACAAGAAUGUUCUGACCAAACAGAUUUCUGAUAUCGAAAAAGAAAUAUCAGCUGCUAUGCAGAAAAUCAAGAACACGAUAAUGAGCCGUGAUCAGAUCGAGAAUCUCCACCGGAGUCUUGUGGCGAAGGUGGACAAACAAGUUGUAGAUUUACAGAAGCAAAAAGAACUUCAGAAGAAGAGGGAGGAAGAAGAGAAGUUGAGGAAAAUCAAAGAACAGAUGGAACUGGAAAGAAAAAGGAGAGAAGAGGAGGAAAGAAGAAGAAAACAACUCGAAGAAGAAGCGAGAAUUAAAGCUGAAAUGGAAGCCGAAAGGCGAAGGGCAGAAGAGGAAGAAAUGAAACGGAGGGAACUUGAAAAAGCGAAACAGAAAGAAAUUGAGGAACAAUUAAGGAAAGAGGAAGAAGAGGCAAAAUCUCGACAAGCUGCUCUUGAACAAGAGAGAUUAGAUCACGAACUGGCCUUGCGUUUGGCAAAGGAAUCCAACUCGAAUGUAGAACCCAUGGAGGAACAAAAAGCUAUUAUAAGGGCGGCUUCCUUGAAAGAUCCGAAUAAGAAAUAUGACCUGAGUAAAUGGAAAUACGCUGAGUUAAGAGACACCAUCAACACCUCGUGCGAUGUCGAGUUAUUAGAAGCUUGUAAACAAGAGUUCCAUCGCCGUCUUAAGGUUUAUCAUCAGUGGAAAAAUAAAAAUAAGGCAUCGAAGUCGACAGGUCAAAGUGCUGGUGAUCAAAGAGCACCUCAAGAGGUCGUGGAAGAAGCUGCAAGUCAUGCAAGCGUUAGUAAGCCAACUUCCAGACUUCCCCCGCGUCGACCACAGCGAUAUUUCCGCGUUCCCUUUGUGAAGCCCGGUGACGAGUAUCGUGACAACGACUUCAAGAAGCGCGGGUACUGGUUCGCCCAUUUUGACGGGCAAUGGAUAGCCCGCCAGCUGGAGAUACACCCGAACGGAGUGAACGUUGUCCUGGUCGCGGGCACAGAUGAUCUUGAUAUGUGCGAGCUGAGUCUGGAUGAAACAGGUUUGACUCGCAAACGUGGCGCUGAAAUAACAAAACGUGAAUUUGAAUUUAGUUGGCAGAAAUGUGGCGGCAAAUCAGACGCUUAUAAACAACCGACUUUUGAAUGAAAUCACUUCACCUAGGAUUUUUUUUGAGAUCUCACAAAAAUGGAACUUCAUUUCUUUCCUAAAUCUAAUUUGGAGGAGAUAGACUGAAAAGAGCCUCACAUAAUAUCUUCGCAAAUCAAUUUCCACAAUAGAACACUGUUCGACAGUUUUGGAGCAUGUUUUUACAAUGAUCUCGCAAUAUUAUUGAACUUCAAUCUUUUUUCAUUGCACCUACAUGAGCAUGCACUGCUGGUGAACUGCUCCAACACUUAAUGGUCACUAUAGAUAACGUUUUCCAACACUAGGUCAAAUUCGUAGAUAGUCAUUUUUAAUCUAUACGUUUAUUUAUUUCACUUUGUAAUAUUUAUAUACAUAAAAAUACUAUGAUGCAGUUAGGAUAAUUUUUUUCAACCGUCGUAUUUUUCAAUUUUGUGUUGUCUGUCUUUAUUUGCCCGGUUUCUUAGCAUAAUUUGGUAAAGUGUGCUUGCAUUGGGCGAACUGGAAUGUGUCUGUAAUAUGUGUGUCUUUACUCUUACAUUUAUCUCCAGCUUUAUUGACAUAAUUGUUGUAUUAUUUGU